AUUUCUCACGUAGUGGGAGGCCAAUAGAUUUUUUUAAGAGCUCAUUCCACAUUUUCUUCCAUAUUUCAAUACCUACUUCCCUCUCUUUCCUUUUUCCUUAACUAAAUUACCAUGGAAAUUGGAAGUGUUCUUCAGUUUCUUGAAAACAAGUCCAUUCUAGUCACUGGUGCUACUGGGUUUUUGGCAAAGAUCUUCAUUGAGAAGAUACUGAGAGUUCAGCCAAAUGUGAAGAAAUUUUACCUCCUUUUACGAGCUGCAGAUGCUAAGUCUGCAGCUCAACGCAUGCGCAAUGAGAUCAUAGGAAAGGACUUAUUCAAGGUUCUGAAGGAGAAAUGUGGAGCAAAUUUCAGUUCUCUUAUAUCAGAGAAAACUACCCUUGUUCCUGGAGACAUCACAUGUGAGGAUUUAGGGCUGAAAGACCCCACUUUGGUGGAAGAGAUGUGUAAGGAAUUGGAUGUAGUUGUUAAUUUAGCUGCAACAACUAACUUUGAUGAGAGGUAUGAUGUGUCACUUUACAUUAAUACAAUGGGAGCCAAACAUGUUCUGAAUUUUGCCAAGAAAUGUGUCAAAAUAAAGGUGUUUGUCCAUGUAUCCACAGCUUAUGUAUCCGGUGAGAGGGGAGGGCUUAUACUAGAAAACUCAUAUAGCAUGGGAGAAACACUCAAUGGUGUUUCUGGGUUAGACAUUGAUGCAGAGAAGCAAAUUGCGGAGGAUAAAUUGAACCAACUCCAGGCACAAGGAGCCUCGCCUCAAGCAAUUACCCAAGCCAUGAAGGAUUUGGGCAUCCAAAGGGCAAACACUUAUGGAUGGCCAAACGGUUACGUAUUCACAAAGGCAAUGGCAGAAAUGCUUGUGGGGCAUUUGAAAGGAAAUAUCUCUACAGUCAUCGUACGCCCCACCAUCGUAACUAGCACUUACAAAGAACCAUUCUCCGGUUGGGCUGAAGGAGUCAGGACAAUAGACAGCCUAGCGGUCGGUUAUGGUAAAGGAAAACUACAAUGCUUCCUGGGAGAUCUGAAGGCUGUUAUUGAUGUGAUUCCGGCUGAUAUGGUGGUUAAUGCUAUGAUUGUGGCAAUGGUAGCUCAUGGGAAUCAGCCAUCUGAUGCCAUUUAUCAAGUGGGGUCAUCCUUAAGUAACCCUCUUAGAAACGGCAACCUUCAAGACUUUGGCUUCCGGUACUUCAGCUCAAAACCCUGGAUCAACAAGGAAGGAAAGCCUGUAAAAGUUGGUAAAAUGAGGGUAUUGGAAAACAUGAACAGCUUCCACAGAUACAUGGCUUUUCGAUACUUGUUUCCACUAAAGGGCUUAGAAUUGGCAAAUACAGCAUUUUGCAGAUCCUUCCAGGAUGUUUACAGUGAUAUGAACAGGAAAAUCAACUUUGUAAUGCGAUUGGUAGAGAUUUACAGACCGUAUUUGUUCUUCAAGGGCAUCUUUGAUGACACGAACACGGAGAAAUUGAGAAUGGCAGCAAGAGAGAGUGGCAAAGAGAUGGAUUUGUUUUACUUUGAUCCCAAGAGCAUAGACUGGGACGACUACUUCAUGAAUAUUCAUCUUCCAGGAAUUGUGAAAUACAUUUUCAAAUGAUCAAACACAAGGUGGAAUUUAAUAUAUAUCAAUGUGUUUUAGAGAUCAAUUAUUCUGAGCUAAGGGGGGCAUUUCUUCGGCAUUUGUGUUCUUCCUUAGGACAGAAGUUUAUUUAAUAUAUUGGUGUGUCUUUUGUUAAAGGCAGCAUAUAGAAUGAAAGCUGUCAGCAAAAGUCUUUUAAGAACUUCGAGCAAGGUUAUGGCGUUUCAUAGUGUAUUUUAUUGUAUUGUUGUUUCCAUGAAGCUAAUUGUGUCUCAAUUAAGAUUAACACACAUC